AUGUUCCUGCUCCUGACGAAUCGAGCGGAAGUUGCGUCAUCUUCUGAGCGUCGAACGCGCGAAGAAUACGAAGAUAUCGAACGCGAGCCGCGAUGUGAUGUUCAUUCGCUAAAACUCGUCCUACUCUGUGCUCUACUAGCAUGCAUUGUUACCAUGCUGCACAGUCUAUUCCCGUUCCUACUGCUCGCCCAUCGAGGCGGAAGUUCGGAGUACCAAUGUUUUAUGGUGUUUGUCGUACUCGGUCGAGUUGUUGCUACGUUCACAGCGGAUAAAGCGGCACCAUAUUUCUACGCCGCAAUAAGUAUUAUUGGUUGUGGAGUGGGCUGCUGCAUUUUCGUGUUUGACAACGGUCUUCUGAUUGGCUCGGCUAUCUUCGGUUUCUUUCUGUCAAGUCUGUUACCGUCAUUAAUCGUCUAUGUUCGACAUACGAUGGUGCUACCAGCGCAUCGACUGUUUGUUCUAAUGUCAGGCUCCUCUUUUGGUUAUGUGAUCUAUCCACUAUUUCUUACACUGGCAAACUCCAGCGAAAGUCGAAUUUUCAUAGCUAUCGAUUUCUUCGCAGUAUUACUCUUGGUCCUGAUUUUCGUCUCUAUCCUGAAUCUACAAGCACAAACAGAGCGAACAAAACCUUCUCAAGACUCCCUAAAGAUCUUUAUCUAUCGGUUCUUCUCUGGUGAGGCAAUGCUGAAGCGGACUCGAUCGAUACGACCGCUGAUCUCACGGCUUCGACCAAACUCCUACAGACGCUUCAGAAGUCGGCGUGCACCUGCCACAUCACCGCGAGGGACAGAGGUGCCGAAGAUCGAGGUCACUCUCGAAGAAGCUCCACAAAUACAAUACAAUUAA